AUGAUUAAUUUAAAAACUUUUAAAAGGUAAUCGUGUAUUAAAAGAGAUAAUAUUGUUCCCUAAAAUCUUUAGAUAAAAUAAAGAAAAGGUCUUGAUUAAGUUCUAUAAGGAUGUAGCUUCACUAUAAAAGGAGGAGAAAGGGUUGGUUGUGUAGGAAGAACUGGAGCAGGAAAAUCAUCAGUUAUAUAAGUUAUUUUUCGAAUGGUUCCUGUUGAAUAUGGUAGUCUUGUGAUGAUAGAUGAUAUAGAUAUCAAAAGAAUUUGCCUUAACACAGUAAGAAACUCUAUGAGUAUCAUUUCUUAAAUGCCGUGUGUAUUUAAUGGAACUGUUAGAAGAAAUUUAUAUCCUUUAGAUGAAUAUAGUGAAGAUUAAAUUUGGUAAUCUCUGAAAUAAACAAACUUAGAAGAAAUUAUAAAAAAAUACCAAACAGACUAAAUACAGAUAUGA